AUGUUAGCCUAGUUUUGUGAGACUAAAGACAAUAAGUGUUUUUUGUAGUUCUCCACUGGUUGUUGAUAAUAAUAGGAUAAUUUGUAUAGGCUAUAAGGCUAUAAAUACAGCGCCAGAAGAAGUGACAAAGGAGUUUAUCGGUCCCCGCUGAGAGCCGUGUAAUGCAACCCCAUGUUUUACCAGGAAGAAAGCUGGGCGGGUAGGAUACCGACAGAACGCAGGACGGAGCCAUUCGGAAGACUGAAGUUAUGACUUUAAUAUGGCUGAUAAGGGUCCGUUUUUAACUUCGUGUAUUAUUUUCUAUUUGUCCAUCGGGGCCGCGAUAUUCCAAAUUCUCGAAGAGCCAAAUUGGAAAGCAGCCAGAGACGAAUAUAUUCUACAAAAGGAAAACAUUUUGAAGAACCAUGCUUGCUUAACAAAGGAAAGUCUGGAUGAGAUUAUAGAGAUAGUGUCACAGGCUGCGGGCCAAGGUGUGACCAUCACUGGGGAGAAACAUCGCAACUCGUGGGACUGGGCCAACUCUGUCAUCUUUGCUGCCACCAUUGUCACCACUAUUGGUUAUGGUAAUGUUGCUCCCAAGACUCAAGGUGGUCGUGUGUUCUGCAUCCUGUAUGGUCUGUGUGGGAUCCCCCUGUGUCUGGUAUGGAUAAGCGAGCUGGGCUCGUUCUUUGGAGACAGGACUAAACGUCUGUCCCAGGUUCUGAUCCAUAAAGGCGUUUCAGUGAAAAAGGUCCAGUUAACCUGCACAGUCCUAUUCCUGUUAUGGGGGCUGUUUGUGCACCUGGUGAUCCCUCCAUUUAUUUUCAUGUCUAUGGAAGGAUGGAGCUACCUGGAGGGCUUCUACUUCUCUUUCAUCACACUCACAACGGUUGGUUUUGGAGAUUAUGUGGCAGGUGUAAAUCCAAACAUGGAAUACCCCAGACUGUACAGAGUGUUUGCAGAGUUAUGGAUUUACAUGGGCCUGGCCUGGCUGUCUCUGUUCUUUAGCUGGAACGUCCACAUGGUUGUGGAAGCCCACAAGGUGCUUAAGAAAAGAAGACACAGGCACAGACACUUGGAACUCCAGCCUGUUAAGGAGAAGCACAACCCAGAAGUAAGACCAUCGGUUAUCGACAUCUUCAACUUCCUAUCAGAGAAGGACGAGGACUACAGCACCGUCAUCAAGAAGAUUGGAACCACAGCAUAUAUAAGAAAGCCUGCAGAGAGCAUAAAUCGCUCCAAGAGCUGCAGCGACAUCUUGGCCACCGACAUCCAGACCCUGGAUCACUCGCCUCGGCACAGACGCAUGCUCAGCGUCAGUCAAUUGUUCAUAAAAGCAGAGCCUGUAUUGGAAGACGGCGAACACGAGGCGCGUCCUCAAAUACAAGAAAGCGACGGAGACACUAAACCUGCAGAAUGUGUGAGGACAGAUAAUAAGGAGAACAAGGACAGUUGUGCAUUUGAUUCAGAAGCUGCUGGUAUCUUCUUCACUGUACCGACCAAAUGUGUUAUGAAGAAGAAAAGGGUACAGCAUCCUGGUGGUGGAAGGACUAGGUUUACAACAUCCAAGGUAGUAGAGGAAGAUUUCUUUAUGGAUAAAGAUGAAAAAGGGUAAAAGAUAUUUUCUAAAACAUCAUAUACCUUUACCAAAAUUGUGGCUGUGUUGUGAGUUUUAUAUGACAAUAUUAUAAAUACUGUCAUUUUUCAAGAAAACAAACAUUUCAUAUCAAGAAAACAGCAUUUUGUGAAAAGGAUACAAAAUGAAUGUUAGAUGGUUUCCUGCUUUAAAAUGACAUGAGUCAUUGUCUGUAUCAAGAAAAAUAUUACUUUUUGCAAACGGUGAAUAAAGAUUAUUUUUAUUUUUA